AGCGAAGACAGUCCCACUAAUUUCCCUCCUGCUUCCCAAGCCCUUUCCAGUUGUCGGACUGAUCCGCAUCUGAAGCGUGUCGCGGCGGCUGAAGCAGCGCUCCACUGCGGUGUUAAGAGUUUAUCUCGUACUGGAUAUAUUCUGGCAUACAUGGAUAUCCGAUGGAUGUCCUGGGCCAGAAGCCGCUUCGUAGGCAGAGAGGAUGAGCAAAAGACAGCAUGGGGAGAGCGCAAUGGCAAAAAGAGGAAGGACAGCUCGUCACUAUGCAAUCCACGUUACAUGAGCUGCUUGAGGGACCCAGAGGACUCAGAGAUCCCUAAUGUGGCCCCUCAGUAUUACAACUGUGAAACAGGUGCAAGUGGAGGCAACUUUGGCCUGCGCUGUGGCUGGCAGGAGGACCACUAUGGGAAAAGGGUGGUUGGUGCUGGAAAUCCCAGCUUGGAGGAUGGUGAGGUAAAGGACAAAAUAGAAGAGGAAGCAGGGGAAUUAUCAGGGAGAAGUUGUAAGAAAAUGACUGCUGCAGACUGUUGGAGGUGGCUUUUGUGGGUUUUUCAAUCCAAAAAAUUCCAAUCCGCCAAGCUGGAACGUUUGUACCAGCGCUAUUUCUUCAGACUCAACCAGAGCUCUCUCACUAUGCUAAUGGGGGUGCUGGUGGUGGUGUGUGGAAUCAUGAUGGCCUUCCACUGUGUCCGCACUGACCUCAAUGUGGCCUACAUCACAGUGCUGUCAGUGGCCACGACCUUCUUCCUGGCCAUUAUCGUCGUGUGCAACCGUAAUGGCUUCCACCAGGACUACAUGUGGAUUGUGAGCUACGUGGUGAUCGGGGUUCUGAUUGUCCUGCAGGUUUUCGGGGUGCUGAUUGUGUUCCCCCGCAGUGCCUCAGAGGGCGUUUGGUGGACGGUCUUUUUCAUCUAUAUUAUCUACACUCUGCUGCCUGUCAGAAUGAGAGCUGCUUUGCUUAGUGGGACUGUGCUAUCCACCAUUCAUGUUGUCACCGCCUGGCAGCUUAACCAGGAGGACAAGUUCAUUUUCAAGCAGAUUGGUGCCAAUGUGUUGAUCUUCCUGUGUACUAACAUCAUUGGGAUCUGUACCCACUACCCCGCUGAAGUCUCACAGAGACAGGCCUUCCAGGAGACUAGAGGAUAUAUUCAGGCCAGGCUGCACCUGCAGAGAGAGAACCAGCAGCAGGAACGCUUGCUGCUGUCGGUUUUGCCAAGGCACGUUGCAGUGGAGAUGAAGGCUGAUAUCACUGCCAAGAAGGAAGACAUGAUGUUUCACAAGAUCUACAUCCAGAAACAUGAUAAUGUGAGCAUACUGUUUGCCGACAUCGAGGGCUUCACCAGCCUGGCGUCUCAGUGUACGGCCCAGGAGCUGGUCAUGACACUGAACGAGCUGUUUGCCCGCUUCGACAAGCUGGCCUCGGAAAACCACUGUCUACGCAUCAAAAUCCUUGGAGACUGUUACUACUGUGUUUCAGGGCUGCCCGAACCCCGGGCUGAUCAUGCCCACUGCUGUGUAGAGAUGGGAGUAGACAUGAUUGAAGCCAUCUCGCUGGUAAGAGAAGUGACAGGUGUUAAUGUGAACAUGCGGGUGGGCAUUCACAGUGGGCGAGUUCACAGUGGUGUACUGGGCCUGUGCAAGUGGCAGUUUGACGUCUGGUCCAAUGAUGUGACGCUCGCCAACCAAAUGGAGGCUGGGGGGAAGGCAGGACGCAUUCACAUUACCAAAGCCACUUUGCAGUACCUCAAUGGGGAUUACGAGAUAGAGCCAGGACAUGGAGGGGAGAGGAACGCCUACCUGAAGGAGAACAACAUCGAAACCUUCUUGGUACUUGGCUGCAGCCAGAAAAGAAAAGAAGAGAAAGCCAUGAUGGCCAAGAUGCAUCGAACGCGUGCAAAUUCUGCAGAGAUGCCUCAUUGGGUGUCUAAUAGAGCUUUCUCCAGGAGCAAAGAGUCCAAAGUCUACAAGAAGAUGGGCAUCGAUGCAGCAUCCAGCAAAGAAAACCGCUGCACUCAAGAAACCCUGAACCCUGAGGAUGAGGUGGAUGAGUUUCUUGGGCGAGCCAUUGAUGCACGCAGCAUUGACCAGCUGAGGAAAGAUCACGUCAAGAAAUUUCUGCUCACAUUUCAGACUGCCGACUUAGAGAAAAAGUACUCCAAAAAAGUGGAUGAUCGUCUGGGGGGUUACGUGGGCUGCGCUCUACUUGUGUUCUUUUGCAUCUGUUGUAUUCAGAUGAUCAUUUUCCCAAAAACAACACUUAUGAUCGGUCUUUACAUUUGCAUCUUCAUCAUCCUUGCCAACAUCCUUUUCAUCUGUGCCAUCUAUUCCUGCCUCAAACGCUUCCCAGCUGCCUUCCAGACACUUACCAAAAAAAUCAUCCAGUCUCGAGUAAACAGUACACUGGCGGGCGUCCUUACCAUCCUCCUCCUCUUCAUCUCUUCUUUUGCCAACAUGUUUACCUGCAGUAGAGAGAAGCUGCAGGAUUGUGUAGGAAAAGAACUGAACACAACAGUGACUGUCUGCCUGCUGCACAACCUCACCAGGACAUCAGAGGAUGGUCUGACUCUGUGCUCCAGUCAGGCGAUGCACUGCCAUUUCCCUGAGUAUUUCAGUUACAGCAUACUGCUGACCCUGCUGGCCUGCUCUGUGUUCCUGCACAUCAGCAGCAUCGGGAAACUGGCUCUGAUGCUGCUCAUCCAGCUCGUUUUCCUCCUGCUGGUGGAGUGGCCUCAGGUGACCCUGUUUGACAACGCUGACCUUCUGGUCAUUGCCAACACUCUGUCUGGUUUCAAUGAAACAGCAGAACAGUGCCCGGGGAAUGUGACCAAGGUGUCCCUGAGGGUCAUGAUCCCUAUAGUCCUGAUGGUUUUUGUUCUGGCUCUCUAUUUGCACGGCCAACAGGUGGAGUCCACUGCACGCCUCGACUUCCUCUGGAAGCUGCAGGCCACGGAGGAAAAGGAGGAGAUGGAGGAGUUGCAGGCGUACAACCGGCGCCUGCUACACAACAUCCUGCCCAAGGACGUGGCUGGCCACUUUCUAGCGAGGGAGCGGAGGAAUGACGAGCUGUACUACCAGUCGUGUGAGUGCGUCGCUGUCAUGUUCGCCUCUAUCAGCAACUUCUCUGAGUUUUAUGUGGAGCUGGAGGCGAACAACGAGGGGGUCGAGUGCCUCAGGUUGCUUAAUGAAAUCAUCGCCGACUUUGACGAGAUAAUCAGUGAGGAGAGGUUCCGUCAGCUGGAGAAAAUCAAAACCAUCGGCUCCACCUAUAUGGCAGCCUCUGGCCUCAACGUCACCACCUACGACAGAGAGGGCCGUUCACACAUCCUGGCUCUGGCUGACUAUGCUAUGAGGCUGAGAGAGCAGAUGAAGUAUAUCAAUGAGCAUUCCUUCAACAACUUCCAGAUGAAGAUAGGGUUGAACAUGGGACCUGUUGUGGCGGGGGUGAUUGGAGCCACGAAACCCCAGUAUGACAUCUGGGGAAACACGGUCAAUGUGGCCAGCCGAAUGGACAGCACAGGAGUACCAGACUACAUCCAGGUGACCACAGACUUGUACCAUGUGCUGGCCAACAACGGAUACCAGCUGGACUGUCGAGGUGUUGUCAAGGUGAAAGGGAAGGGGGAGAUGACCACUUACUUCCUCACCAGUGGUCCCCCAGGCAGUUAACGACAGAGGCAGCCGACCAAACGGUGACUCCCACUGCGCUGAAAUGGCAGGGACUGCAGAGAGACUGAGAGCUCGGUGAUGAGCACAGGGAACAGGACGCGGUCAUCAGAGAGACGAGUCCAUGUGUUGUCACAUUCUCAGAUUGAAGCCUAGGUCGUGACCUCCCCAAUAGAUAGUGAAUCCCAUUUGCCUUAGAAUGGAAGCAGAUAUGCUUGUGUUUGUAAGCAAUACUACCAGUAUACCAUCUGGAGUCAUUAUUUAUGUUGUGAGAAACUAAGCAAACUUUCUUCAAAGAAAAUAUGCAAGGACAACAUGAAGGAGAAGAAUAACCAAAGAACAAAUGUCUGAUGAUUCAGUUCAACACUAUAAUAAACUAUAUAAGCUAUAUUAUUCCUCUUUUUAAGAGAUCGAAGGCCAUGGUAACUUUUCCGAACUCUUAUUACAAAAGAGAAUGAACACUUACAGAUAUGCAGAAGGAAAACACAACGACAGCAACCCUGGCUCCAACCUUUGUGUUUUUAAUCCAGGGUUUCUUUGUUCCCUCUAGCCUGCAAUUAGCCACAGGGCUGUUUGUGGUCCACUUGAAUAUACGGCUGGGCCAUUGGCCCCUGUGGCACUGACCGUUAGGAAAAUGUAGGAAAUGGAGAAUGGACGGUUUGCGCUAAAACCGAAGUCCUAAAGAAUGAUUGUAAACAUGCUAUAAACCAUUUUUCUACCAUUGUGUGUGAGUCCUGUGUCUGGGUGUGAGCUCUAGGUUCAUCUUUUAAGGGGAUACAGAAAACUUUUCACUGUGAGAUUUCUAAGAUACUGUACAAUAAUGCUUUCUUGCCAAACUGGUAGCUGAAAAGCAUGUUUUAUGGUAGUCACUAUAGUUUUGUGUCCAUUCCUGAUUGUUUUUGGCAAGAUGAUCUUUAGAGGACAAUUAUGUCCUACCGCGCCUUUAUUGGACUGUGAUUUAUAAGUGAUUUCAUUCCAAAUGAAAUAAGCGUGUUAUUUUGGUGGACUGUGUUAAAAGUAAACUGAUUCCCUGACAGUUUCAGGAUUAUGUGUAUGCAGAAAUUCUCCAUCUGCUCUGUGUUGCCUUGAUUUAAUUCAGCACUAAUGUCCACAUUCUUCAUGGCCCAAUAUUAACAACCUUACACGGCAGUAUUUGACGGUAAUUCCUAGUGUAAGCGCCCUUUAAAAGAACUGUUAUUUGAAACAAUAAUCAAAUGAAUGUAUGCAAUAAUGAAGAUUUUUGUCUACAGUGAGGUGACAUUCUGGUUAGUUAAAUCCUUAAACUAGAAGCCCAAUGAUUUAGAUGAAAUAUUUUAUAUUUAAAAAAGCUUUAUACUCUUUUGAUGUGCUUCGGUUUCUGUCUAGGCGCUAAAAUGCUGCAAAACAGAUUGUCACAUUCACUUGUCACUCUCUGUUCUGAUGAAAACCCAAGUAAACACUGUCUCAUCCUCCGCUAGUGCAAUUAAAGAUAGAGUUGGAUUUUCCUAGAAUAAGAAAUCAAUAAAUGACUUUUUUCCAAUGCA